AUCACAUAUGCAUUAACCUUGACUCCCGUGGCAUUGUGUCUGGAGGAGUUAAUGCCAUCGUACCAUAAAAAAUCUCACAUAUAUGCAAUCUUAAUUAGAACAGCGCUCGUGAUCUCAACCUUGGUCAUUGGCCUUGCCAUCCCCUUCUUCGGUCUCGUGUUGUCAUUGAUUGGAUCUUUACUCACAAUGCUUGUGACCUUGGUACUUCCCUGUCUUUGUUUCUUGAGCAUCGUGGGGAGGAAGGUAACCCGUCUUCAGGUAGCACUUUGUGUUGCAGUUCUUGUAGUGGGAGCGGUUUCAUCAGCUAUCGGAUCCUACUCGGCUAUCUCCAAGAUCGUUGAAAGUUUGAGAGGGUUGCCUUGAUUAUGCAGACUUAAGCAUGAACAAGCAAUCUCUCUUCCCUUUUUUUUGUCCCUAGAUAUUAAAAGUUGAUCUUCAAACUUGUGAUUAAAAAUAUGAGUAAUUC